AUGGCGAAGAAGGCUAUCGACUCACGUAUACCGGGUUUGAUUCGCAAUGGGGUGCAGAGCAAGCAGAGGUCAUUUUUCAUUAUUGUUGGUGAUAGGGCCCGCAACCAGCUGCCCAAUUUGCAUUAUCUGAUGAUGAGUGCGGACCUGAAGAUGAACAAGUCUGUUCUGUGGGCGUAUAAGAAGAAGUUGCAAGGGUUUACUUCUCAUAGGAAGAAGCGGGAGACGAAGAUCAAAAAGGAGAUCAAGAGGGGCACAAGAGAGGCUAAUGAACAAGAUCCGUUUGAGACGUUUAUUUCCAACCAGAAGAUCAGAUACUGCUACUAUAAGGAGACCGAGAGUAUCCUCGGUAACACGUAUGGUAUGUGUAUCUUGCAGGACUUUGAGGCGUUGACACCUAACUUGCUUGCCAGGACGAUUGAGACGGUUGAAGGUGGGGGGCUUAUUGUGAUUUUGUUGAAGUCGAUGACAUCUCUGAAACAGUUGUAUACUAUGACGAUGGAUGUGCAUGCACGUUAUAGAACGGAGGCUCAUGAUUCUGUGGUGGCUAGGUUUAAUGAGAGGUUCAUCUUGUCUUUGGGGUCCAAUGAGAACUGUUUGGUGAUUGACGAUGAGUUGAACGUUUUGCCAAUUUCUGGAGGUAAAAAUGUGAAGCCGCUGCCCCCACCGGAAGAUGAGGAGUUGACGCCCAAGCAGCAGGAAUUGAAGGAUCUUAAGGAAUCUUUAGAAGAUGUUCAGCCUGCAGGCUCUUUAGUGGCAUUGUCUAAAACCGUUAAUCAGGCGCAGGCUAUCCUGACGUUCAUUGAUGCUAUUUCUGAGAAAACUCUAAAUUCUACUGUCGCUCUAACUGCAGGAAGAGGUAGAGGUAAGUCGGCAGCUCUGGGUAUUGCGAUAGCUGCCGCUGUCUCACAUGGUUAUUCAAAUAUUUUUGUUACAUCCCCAUCUCCAGAAAAUUUGAAGACUCUUUUUGAAUUUAUUUUCAAAGCGUUUGAUGCUUUGGGUUAUCAGGAACAUAUCGAGUACGAUAUUAUUCAAUCUAUAAACCCUGCUUUUAAUAAAGCAAUUGUCAGAGUUGACAUUAAACGUGCGCAUAGACAGACAAUCCAGUAUAUUGUUCCCAAUGAUGCUCACGUUUUAGGACAGGCCGAACUUGUGGUAAUUGAUGAGGCAGCAGCAAUUCCUUUACCUGUCGUAAAGAAGUUGUUGGGACCAUACUUAGUAUUCAUGGCUUCGACUAUUAAUGGUUACGAAGGUACGGGUAGGUCUUUGUCUUUGAAACUGAUCCAACAAUUGCGUCAGGAAUCUACUGCCAAUCUUUCUAAUAAUUCUGACACCAUGAUUGUAUCACGUAAUAGCAAGAGACAAGAUGCAAAACUAACCGGACGCACUUUGCGCGAAGUUGUUCUAGAUGAACCCAUUAGAUACGCUCCAGGUGAUCCUAUAGAGAAGUGGCUAAACAAGCUUUUGUGUUUGGAUGUUGCUUUAGUCAAGAACCCAAGAUUUGCUGCUAGAGGUACUCCACAUCCAUCUCAGUGUAACUUAUUCAUAGUAAACAGAGAUACAUUGUUUUCAUAUCAUCCUGUUUCUGAAAAUUUCUUGGAGAAAAUGAUGGCAUUGUACGUUGCUUCUCAUUAUAAAAAUUCUCCAAACGAUUUACAAUUAAUGAGUGACGCACCCGCCCACCAGUUGUUUGUUUUGCUGCCACCAAUUGAUCCUAAAGAUGGUGGCAGGAUCCCCGACCCAUUGGUUGUGGUUCAAGUUGCAUUAGAAGGUGAAAUAUCUAAAGAAUCGGUCAGAAAUUCCCUUUCUAGAGGUCAGAGAGCAGGUGGUGAUCUAAUUCCGUGGUUAGUAUCUCAACAAUUCCAAGAUGAAGAAUUUGCUGGUUUGAGUGGUGCUCGUGUCGUCAGGAUUGCAACCAACCCUGAUUAUUCCUCUAUGGGAUAUGGUUCUCGUGCACUGCAGUUAUUGAGAGAUUACUUUGAACAAAAAUUCACUGAUUUAUCUGAAGAAACUCAACCACGCGACUACAGUAUCAAGAGGGUAAAGGAUAGUGACCUGAGCAGGUCCAACUUGCUAAGAGAUGACAUCAAAUUAAGAGAUGCUAAAUCCUUACCGCCAUUGUUACUAAAACUAUCAGAACAGCCUCCCCACUACUUGCAUUAUUUGGGUGUUUCUUAUGGGUUAACAAAUUCUUUACAUAAGUUUUGGAAAAACAACAACUUUGUUCCGGUUUACCUGCGUCAAACGGCAAAUGAACUAACGGGGGAACAUUCGUGCGUUAUGUUAAGUGUGCUAGAAGGGCGUGAAUCUAAGUGGUUAGUUGAGUUUGCCCAGGAUUUCCAAAAACGAUUCCUGUCCCUUUUAUCGUAUGAAUUCAAGAGCUUCACAGCUGUUCAAGCCUUGAACAUUAUUGAAAGUGCCAACAAGGUUGAAGAUCUAGCCGAUCCUCAAGAUAGUGCUAGGCUCCAAAAGAAAAAGCUUACAAAGGAGCAACUAGACGAUAUUUUCUCUCCUUACGAUCUUAAAAGAUUGGACAGUUACUCGAACAACUUAUUGGAUUAUCAUGUUAUUGUUGAUAUGCUGCCAAAACUUGCUAUGCUUUAUUUUAGCGGUAGAUUUGACCUCAACAAUAUGAGCUUCUCAGGUGUUCAACGCACAAUCUUACUAGCCAUUGGUUUACAACAUAAGAGCAUCACAGACAUCACUAAAGAGUUAAACCUGCCCUCCAACCAAACCAUUGCCAUGUUUUCUAAGAUUAUGAGGAAGUUUUCCACUUACUUCCGUGAGGUAUUGAGAACUUCUAUUGGAGAAACCAUGCCUGUCCCAAUUGAUGAAACAGCUGUCCAAAUGGACAGCGUCGAUAUGCCAGAGUUUGACGCUGCUGCUGCAUUGGAUCAAAUAAAUGAAGAAAACGAAGAAGCUGGAACGGAGGCAUUAAAAGCUAUGAAAGAAAAACAAAAAGAGUUGAUUAAUUCAUUGAACCUAGAUAAAUACGCAAUUGAGGAUACUGCCGAGGGAUGGAAUCCAUCGAACUCAGAAUUAGAAAAAGCUGUGAAGACUAGUGGUACUGUCAGCGUCAAAUCUACAAAAAAGAGACCCCAAGAAAAGGCAGAAAAUAUUUACAAAGAGGAGAUUAAUGCAUUAAAAAAAUCUAAGAAGUCUGGUAAGAAAUAG